AUGGACGCAAACAUUAUCAAGUUUUCUAAGUUGCUAGCGACUCACAAGAACAAUUGCGACGACAUAACUGAAGAAUUCGGAUUCAUGGUCGCGUUCCGCUAUGACAUGGAGGUUAGAAGCAACACUUUCUCUCACCGCAUAACGGAUGAAGAUGUCAAAAACGCAAUCCCAGACAUAUCUCAGCGGAAAGAAUCGGUCGUCGAGCAAUGUUACAACACUUGCAGAAAUUUCGGCGAGCUGGAAUGGGAGGAAAACCUCUAUGCUCCGGGGUUUUCCCACAGUAACCACGACCCUUUGACCGGGUAUCUCAGACCUUCUAGAAACGGCGCCGGCUUCCAAACAUCGCAACAUAGCAACGCCAUGAUUGCGAAUCCAAACUCUCAUGGUCAGAAUUGGAUGAAUCCUCCCGUCAACAGUUAUAUGAACGGGGUUAUGUACGGAAACCAGAACUAUGGUCAACCCCAGGGUAACAGAUUCAUUCAUGCACCUAACAACCAAAACCAAGGUUUCCAAAACGGCGCCAAAAGACCGAGAGGUGGUUACAAAGGAGGGAACUAUUCAGAUAACUUUGGGGGAAAGGUAGAGGGAAGCCAAGCAAACGGGAGAAAGAAUAAUAGCAAUAAGAACUCAGCAGAUGAAUACCCAAAGAAUUCAAAGCGCUCGUUCGCGCAAUUCUCCAAUGCUCAUGCAAGUCCUUACUGGCCAGGUGUGGUCAGAUGUGAAAUGAACCUAGACCUCUGGGAAAAAGCCCUAAAAGGAGCGGGCAUUCUGGCAAAUUAUCAGGAUGUCUUGGUCGGCUUUAAGCACGGUUUUCAUCAAGGGAUUCCAGUCCACAAGAUAAGGGGCUUAUCCUGGUUCACACCCGACAAUCAUUUAUCAGCAACUUUAGCAGAAGGGAAAAUCAAGGAGUCAAUGUCAAAGGAACUCGAGGCGGGCCGAAUGUUUGGACCCUUCACGAUGGACCAAGUAAAGUCAAAAUUCAAAUUUUUUAGAACGAGCCCUUUGGGAGCGGUCGUAAAUGGAGAUGGGUCGGUCAGGCCAAUAAACGACUUGUCUUUCCCCCACGGUAACGUAUCUAUACCGUCAGUGAAUUCCUUUGUGGACAAGAAAGAAUUUGAGACUACGUGGGAUGACUACAAUGUAGUAUCAUCCUUCUUCAGAGAAUCCGAAGGCCCGCUACUCUUAGCCUUAUUCGACUGGGAAAAGGCUUAUCGGCAGAUCCCAACUCACCCGUCGCAAUGGCCUUAUCUGAUGGUAAAAGGACUAGACGGACUCUUGUAUCUGGAUACCAGGAUCACGUUUGGAGGAGUGGCAGGUUGUGGGUCUUUCGGUAGACCAGCGGACGCGUGGAAGGAUAUCAUGUUUGCCGAAUUCGACUUAGUAAAGGUCUUUUGGUGGGUAGAUGACAAUCUUUUUGUCAAACGGCCAAACUCUAAGACGGAAAUGAAAGACAUCGUCAAAAGGUCCGUCAAACUCGGAGUUCUAACAAACUUGAACAAGUGCUCCGUGUUCUCUGAAGAGCAAAAAUUCAUAGGCUUUUUAUGGAAUGGAGUAGCAAAGACAGUCCGCUUGCCUGAAGAGAAAUUGGAACAACGGAAGAGGCAAAUCUUGGAAUUCCUGGACACAUCCAGAAAGUUUUCUUUUAACGAGGUGGAGGUAUUAACAGGACGCUUAAAUCAUGUGUUGUACAUGUUGCCACAACUCCGGUGUUACCUACGCAGCCUCUACAGAUGGAUGAGUGAUUGGUUCGACCUGAACGCGAAACGCUAUUCACCCAACGAUGUCUUGCUCGAUUUGGAUCGUUGGAUACAUACAUUAAAUGACUUCGUCCACAGCCGGCUCGUAUCCUCACCAGACCCUGUCGAUAUUGGUUGGGUAGGUGAUGCAUCAACAAGUUUUGGAGUAGGGGUUCUGAUCGGGAAGUAUUGGGCCCAACUCCGGAUCUUGAAAGACCGGGUCAAGGGGAUACAGAAGAGGAAUAUUGCUUGGCUUGAAACGGUUGCAGUCAGGGUCGGACUAAUUAUGCUAGAUACGUUGGGUCGAUUAAGAAGAGGGUCAAAUCUGCUGGUUUGGACCGACAAUACAACGACAGAAUCGGUUAUCCUGAGGAGGAAGUCUAGAGAUACUGAGGUGAAUGAAGAGUGGAAAGUAAUACAAGACUUCCUAAUCAAGCAAGAAGUCGACUUGACAGCGAGAAGGGUAAAAUCAAAAGAUAAUAUUGCUGAUGAACUGUCAAGAGGAUUGUCGGGAAACCUCAAAACAGAAAACAGGGUCUAUUUCGAGAUACCAAAAGAGUGGGAUUCAUACCUUUGCCAUGCAUAG